AUGACUAUUUUAUAUGUUUUAGCCAGCAUUGCUCAGUUCAAAUACUUUGUUUUCUGCCAAAUUAAGAUAUCAUUGGAAGAAUAUCAAAGAAAGAUAAAUGGAUGUAAGGAGAGGAUUGAGAUGGUAAAGGGUGAAGUAAUUGCUGAUUCAAUAUUAAAUGAGCUUCAAACUGAACUAGAGGAAAAAAUACAGAUGGAACACGUGCUUCGUCAAGAGCUUAGAGCAGUUGGUGACGAACUUGGUAAUCUAGAGAAGCAACGAAUUUCUUUUGAAGAACGCCAAAAACUUAUGAACCAAAGAGAGAAUGAUGUACAUAAGUCACAGGAUACACUUUCUAUGUGCGCUUCUGUAUUAGGGAUUAUUCCUGAUCAUACUAACAAGACAAAGAUAUCUGGAUUUAUUGUGGAGCGGAGCAAGAAAAAGGUUGAAAAGUUUGAGUUCGACCCAGCGAUGCCCCCUUUUGAGGUUUGUGAUAGGCUAUGGAAGAUUUCUUCUCGGUAGCCCUUUUGCUCUUCCUACUGAGAUAUGGACUCUUAGGUACAAAUGACUUGAUCUUAAAAGAUGAUGGAAUUUGCCCCUUGCUAUGUUCUUACUAAUUUAGAUUUUUUGAUAACUUAUUAGUGAAAAUGUUGAUUUUGAUGGCUGUUUCUUACAAGAUUUUAUGGUGUUAGUUGAAUUAAAGUUUUACAA